UGAGAAAAGAACAAGGCGAAUUUCGUAAAUAUUCUCCUGCCAAACCCUAAAUUAUUUAGGGCUCCCUCAUAUAAAUGCUCUAGAACCCUAAUUUCACAUUAUCCUGUAUUCUGAAGCUGCAAAAAUGUCGAAGCGAGGUCGCGGAGGAUCGGCGGGAAACAAGUUCCGCAUGUCACUUGGUCUUCCUGUGGCGGCUACGGUCAACUGCGCCGACAAUACCGGCGCGAAGAAUCUUUACAUCAUAUCAGUGAAGGGGAUCAAGGGUCGUUUGAAUCGAUUGCCGUCUGCUUGCGUGGGAGAUAUGGUUAUGGCGACGGUGAAGAAAGGGAAGCCUGAUUUGAGAAAGAAGGUCAUGCCUGCUGUUAUUGUUAGACAGCGUAAGCCCUGGCGCCGAAAGGAUGGAGUUUUCAUGUAUUUUGAAGAUAAUGCUGGUGUGAUAGUGAAUCCCAAGGGGGAAAUGAAAGGUUCGGCAAUUACUGGUCCAAUUGGGAAGGAAUGUGCUGACUUAUGGCCCAGAAUUGCAAGUGCUGCCAAUGCUAUUGUCUGAUAAAGCAUCUAUUUAACCUAAACUCUUGCUAUUAAAAACUUGUCAAUUUUGUUUUCUGUUUCACAACCUAGAUUAGAAAGAAUCAUAUACCUUUCAAUUUUGGUGAUUUUUAUUGAUUU